AUGCCCGCAGGCUGCUUGGGCCACACACCGGAAGCUGAUGCUUCCUGCAGAACCCGUGUGUCCCAUCCAGCACGACGUAUCCCGGGGCAUGCGAUGCACGCGCCGAAGACGAUCAUGAGCAUGACCACCAGUGCAUCGUUCGUGCCGCAAGACAUCCCGAGUCCUCCCCGUCGAGACUACCACGUUGCAUCUGCCAUACGCCGUGCGUACCGCGCCGUCGUCACAUUCUCCGGCAUUCGCGGGACCUACGACAGCCUACGACGCACAGCUGUGAAGCGACAUCGCAACGGCAACGGCACCGAGGCAUGA